AUGCUUUCGACCUCGAGUAUGAGCCCGAGGCUCAGCUGGUUUACCCGGCACACAAAUCUUUAUAAACCCUCACGCACGACAGUCCCCCACACCUCCACCCGAUUCAAACCGAUGUGCAGCGAGACCAAUCGGAAGCGCAAGCGCGGCCGCCGCCCCAAGACCCAGCCGUCCGCCACCGUGGUGCUCGACAACAUAAACAACGACGCAGGCUCGCCGCUCGCGGCCGGCGCCUCCGGCAACGACGUUGUCUUCUCCGUCAACAACGUGGAGCUCAUCCAGCCCGCCGCCACACCCUCUUCCCCCAACCACCGUGGCCACCGGCGCGGCCGUUCAAACAAAGAGAUCCUGACGGAAAGUUCCAUCGCCGCCGCUGCCAAUGGCGUAACCCUACCUGUUACGGCCUCGACAGGCGUGCCUAAUGGCGGUGUGUCCACCUCGCUGAUUAAUGAGGUGAGCGACGUAGCCAGAGUCGUGCCCGCCAUGGAUGCUGUGGUGAAGGUGUUCUGCGUCCAUACCGAGCCCAACUUCUCGUUGCCGUGGCAGAGGAAACGCCAGUAUAGCUCGAGCAGCAGUGGCUUUGUUAUCAACGGGAGGAGGGUUUUGACGAAUGCGCAUUCUGUCGAGCACUUUACGCAGGUGAAGUUGAAGAAGAGGGGUUCUGAUACCAAGUAUGUAGCCACCGUGCUCUCAAUUGGGACGGAAUGCGACAUUGAAAGUCAUGAGGGCAGAGCUCAAGCGGUCCUCACCAAUGUCCAUGCUGAUGAUGUUGUGUACUCCGUAAGAAUCAUGGAACUUACUGAUCUUAAUUCUCCCUCAUCCCCCGCUUCACCAACUUUUUCAUCUUCCAAAGACCUUGUGUUCUCUGUGAGAAAUAUGGUGCUUAUAGAUAUUAAUUCUUCUUCUCCACCCCUCUCCUCACAAACCUGUGCAAUUUCCAAGGGUGCUUUGUCCUCUGUCAGAACUGUGGAGCUUAUCGACCUUAAUGCUUCCUCAUCCUCCUUCAACGAGAACCACCUGCAGCGAGAAUAUACCCCAUGCAACAUCUCCUCCGUAAGAAAUGAGGAACCCACCCACCAUAACUAUUCUCCAUCACCCCUCAGUGAAGAAGUCAGUGGGUCCCGCCUAAAUCGGCAAACUGAAAUCACCAUUCUUUAUGGAAAAACCCCCUGCAGCUUUCCUGCUAGAACCACCACCUUCGCUGAAGAUGUAGUAUUUCCCAAGAGAGGUGUGGGGCCCAUCAAACCUAAUUCUUUCCCAUCCCCACGCCGAAAUCUUCUAAAGAUGAAGUGCGGCUGCCCCAUAUUUAGGCUUUCGGGUUUUCAUUUUUCCAAUAUUACCGUCCCCAAGACCACCAAUUUCGUACCACCGAUUAACACCAGCGCCAGUGAUGUGUUCCCAACUGGCAACCCUCGUGUGCUGCUCAGUGCGGAGAGCAGGAUGGGCCCUGUGCUGCUUAAUGCUGUAAAUGAGGGUGAGGUGACUGGAAUCGUUUCGAAGAUGGCUUCUGUGGUGACGGUCUAUUGUGUCCAUAGCGAGCCGAAUUACUCUCUGCCAUGGCAGAGAAAGAAGCAGCUGUAUUCAGACAGCAGUGGGUUCGUGAUUUGGGGCAGGAGGGUCUUGACUGGUGCACGCUGUGUCUGGAAUUACACACAUGUUAAGUUGAGGAAGGGUGAUUCCCACUCUAAAUAUGUGGCGAAUGUGCUUGCUUUCGACACUCAGUGUGACAUUGAUGAUUCUUGCAUAUCAUGGUUCGUCGGAAGUUUAGUUCUAUGUAUUUUCCUUUGUGCUUUUAAUGAGGAGUUAGAACUAUUUGCUACUUUUCUAGGCGCUUUAGGUAGAGAUAUUACUGAUUUCGACUGCCUAUUGUUUGCUUGGUCUUAUGGCUAA